UCAGCCUUUGUUCAUCAACCACCAUUAGCGGUUUACUCAUCCAUGGCUUCUUCUUCCUCCUCCUCUUCUCUCUCAAUAUUUCUACCGCUCACCCUCCUUUGUCUUAUCUCACCCGCGCUUUCCCUCACCUGCACCUCCCAAACCUUCACCAACAACAAGCUCUACUCGAAAUGCGCCGACCUCCCCGUCCUCGGCUCCUUCCUCCACUGGACCUACGACCCCGCCAACUCCACUCUCUCCAUCGCCUUCAUCUCGCCACCCUCCAAAACCGAUGGCUGGAUCGCCUGGGCCAUCAACCCGACGUCCACCGGGAUGGCUGGGUCCCAGACCCUCCUCGCCUACCAGAAGUCCGGCGGCUCCAUGGCCGUUAAAACCUUCAACAUCAGCUCGUACAAGGAUAUUGUCGAGUCGAAGCUGUCGUUCGAAGUGUGGGACACUGCGGCCGAGUCGUCCGGCGGCGUUUUUAGGCUGUUUGCGAAGUUGAAGGUGGAGAAGGAGACGGUGAACCAGGUUUGGCAGGUGGGGCCCUCUGUUUCCGAUGGGUUUCCGGUUAAACACGACUUCCUGACGCCGAAUCUUAACUCGAAAGGGACACUGAGCUUGACCGGCGGCACCACCACCACCACCGUUAGCGGGGGGUCCAAGAUGAAGAAGAGAAAUAUACAUGGAAUUUUGAAUGCUGUGAGUUGGGGAUUGAUGUUCCCAAUUGGAAUCAUCAUAGCAAGAUAUUUGAGGGCUUUUCCGUCUGCGGAUCCAGCUUGGUUUUAUCUUCAUAUAUUCUGCCAGGUAUCUGGUUAUGCCAUUGGUGUCGCCGGCUGGGCUACCGGAAUUAAGCUCGGAAGUGAGUCCAAAGGGGUGGUUUACACUAAUCAUCGCAACAUUGGAAUUGCCCUGUUUGCCUUAGCAACUCUGCAGAUAUUCGCAUUGUUCUUGAGGCCGAAGAAGGAGCACAAGUUCAGGUUCUACUGGAACAUCUACCACCACGCUCUUGGAUACACGAUUCUUGUCCUCGGCAUUAUAAAUGUGUUUAAGGGCUUAGACAUACUAAAUCCUGCUAAGCAUUGGAGAUCUACUUACAUAAUUGUGAUUAUUGCGUUGGGUGCACUUGCAUUGUUAUUGGAAGCAAUCACUUGGAUUGUGGUCUUGAAGAGAAAGUCAAGUAAGUCCACCAAGCCGUAUGAUGGAUUGAACAACGGACAAGGCUGAUAUGCCGCGCGCAGCGCCUUGACGUAUAAUCAUACCAAAGUGCGGCAGGUUCUCCCAUGCCAGAUACUGAUUUUGUAAUAUCAGAGCAGCCCUCACAUCCUUUUCUUCUCUUCUUGCUUGUAUAAUGUAUUGAUUUAUUUAGGUUUCUUGUAUGGUUAGUAUAUACAUACAGAGUGUUAAGAGUGUUGACCUCCCCAGUUUGUUGAUUUAUUGUCUCUAUGUUAGUGCUCUUCAGACU